AUGUCCGCCGCUGUCCUCGUCGCCACUGCCUUUCCCACACUCCCCUUCGCGCCUACUAUCCCGAGCCGCAGCUCGUUCAGCUACCCUCUGAAUCAUACCGCCGAGCUGGUCCUCGGCAAGCGCUCCCGCGAACCCACGGACGAAGGCGAGAGCCCGCGCGCUAAGGCGCGACGCGGGUCCUCGUCCACUCUGCUACUCAACCUCCCGCCACCCGCCUCCGCGCCUUUGUCCGAACUCUGGCAACCGGAGCCCGCCGAGUCCGAGAGGCCACCGCCAGUCACCGGCAAUCUUGCGCGAGUGCCACCAAGGCAACGGCGCCGACUCGCAAGCGCCUCCCCGACGUCGCGCGCUGCUUUGCUUCCUGUCUCCGACUCGGUCAUAGACCCGGAACUCCUCCGCCUUUCUCGACCCGCCAGCCCGCAAAUUACACCCGCACACGUAACAACACCUCUACCUGUCGCAUCUUCCUCGCGUCUACCUUCCCCGACCCCCGCGCCACCCGCCGCAGCACAUGGUCGUUGCAUGUGGGCCUCGGGCAAGUAUUGCGAGCAUGUCUUUGAGCCCGGCUGCACCACCGACGACGUCGCGGCGCACUUGAAGAGCGCACACGACCUUCACAAAGCCGCUCGUAAGGAGCGCGUCGCAUGCGAAUGGGCGUUCUGCCGCUGUGCUGGGUCAGGUGGCCGCAAGUGGCAGGACGUGCAUGUUGAACCUCGUGCGCUCGCUGGUCACAUUUGGCGCAAGCAUCUUGGUGGGAAGGUGCCAGGCAAGAAGGAGCCUGAGCCGGUAGAAGCUGAAGACGACGUUAAGAUGGAGGAGGGACCGUACGAGCCGCCCGUCGAUAUUGUUACCAUGCAUGGCUCGCCCGCCGCUGCUCUCGCCGUUCUUCUCGAGCGCGAGGCUCAAGCCGCCGCCGCCGCUCGCACACCCUCCCCCGCACCCACCUCCGAUUCUACAUCCGCGCAACCCAACACCGACGCGUCGCCCGGGCGGCGGCGCAGUCCACGCCGCGGUACGCCUUCGGCCGCCGCACUCGCCUCUUCAUCUGCAUGA